ACUACCCACGUGGCAACACACUACUGGCUCUCUCAAACAAGAACAACACCAUUCACUCAAAAUCCUCAAACCACAUCAAAUCAAAACCUUUGAACUUCAAUUACUAACCUGCUUCUUCAUCAUCUCAAACAGUCAACACCUUCAAAUCCGUUGAUAAUGGCAAGUUGCAGUAUGGCAUCUGCUGCUUCAAGAUUCUUGGUGACACCAAAUGUCACUUCCAACACAACCACCGUCAAGUGCCAUAUGGUUUCCUUACCUUUCCAAAACAAAAGAGUUUCAAGACUGGUUGUUAGGGCUGCUGAAGAUACGGAACCACCGGCUGCCACUGCUGAACCAGCCAAGGCAGAGACGCCUAAGCCUAAGCCACCGCCGAUUGGACCCAAGAGAGGAGCUAAGGUGAAAAUCUUGAGGAAGGAGUCGUACUGGUUUAAGGGAGUGGGAUCGGUUGUUACUGUAGAUCAGGACCCAAAGUCUCGAUACCCAGUUGUUGUGCGUUUUACCAAAGUGAAUUAUGCAAAUGUUUCAACCAACAACUAUGCAUUGGAUGAGAUUCAAGAAGUUUAGAUUUAGUUUCUUGUUCCUCCUGUCCUCCCAUUUUAAUCUUUUGCUACAUAUUUAAUCAAUGAAUUUGUAUCAUAUUAUCUAAA